AUAUGACACUUGUGUUCCAGACAUUUGUUUGACUUUACUGUUUCCAGUCGGACAUAUUAAAGGACGGAACCCAAACAGCCACGUAGUAAAAGGCGAAGCUGGUUAGUGCUAUAGUACAUCCUGGAUCUUGAAAGGCACCUGGUUUCGAUUGUUUUGGUGCUUUUCCAAUGAAGACCCAGAAAUAUCAUCUAAAAGCUAUGGACAUUACAAUCUAAUACACUGUUCAAAUGGAGAUGAAUACCGAGCAAUCUCACAGCACUUUGAAAUUCCAAAUGACUGAAAGUGAGCAAAAUUUGAAGCAACAAGGGCUUGAUGGGAAACCAAACACAACUAAAGGGAUUCACAACGGUCCCAUCAGCUCGGAUCUGAUGCCAAAUGGAAAGUCAGAGGGCAUUGGUGCUGCUGCUACUGCUGCUGCUGCUGCUGGGAACUCCCAUGCUAAUGGGUCCCUGUCUCCAAACGCCCUUCCGCUUCGCACCAGCCCCCCGGUCAACACCCAAAGUCAAGAGGGUUCUCCAGGUGUGACUGCUUAUCCACCCAUGAUGCUUGAACCUGAGCAGGCUGUUGCUGAGGUCACGGGUCACACGGGUGAUGCAUUGCAGUCACUCAAACUCAGUAUGCCUAUGCAGGAGACGGAUUUGUCCAACAAGAAGCCUUCAUUGGAGCUGGAGAAUGAGGAAAAGAUUCGUUUGGAGGCUCGUCGGCGCCUGGAAGAGCAGCUGAAACAGUACAGAGUGCAAAGACAUAAGGAGAGGUCCCACCGCAGCACACCAAAAAACAGACCGUUCAGCACCCUGGAUCCAGAGUUAAUGCUGCAUCCUGAGGCUCUUCCCCGGGCCAAUACACUCGCAAUGACCAAGGAGUAUUCUUUCCUGAGGACCAGUGUACCCCGUGGUCCUAAACUUGGGAGCUUAGGAAUUCCCCCCACCAAGGAGAAGAAAUCCAGAUCGUCCCGCACGAGCAAGAUCCAUUCCUUGGCUGACUAUAAAUCUCCAGAGGACGAUGGUGGAGGAGAAGGAGGUGGAAUUAAGACUGCAGACAACACCAUGGGCUCUGUCCAGUCCACUAUCAGUGCAGUAUCUACUCUUUCUGAGGUCAGCGUGAUGUCACAGUCAGGCACGUGCGAGGGAGAAAGGCGGUCUGGUGUUUUGCUGCAGGUGGGGGAAAGUGUCUCUGAGGUUGAUGGUGGUGACUCAGGAGCAAGGCCUGGAAAUGAUGGCAAUGACAGUGACAGCUCAUCCUACAGCAGUGCCUCUACCAGGGGAACCUACACCAUGUUUUCUGCUGCCAUGGACAGGCAGCAGGGGACCUACACGGUUGAGGGGCGGGAGAUUGCGCCGGAGGCCAUGGGUCAGUUUCCCUCCCUGCAUGAAGUUUUGCAAGCAGCCAGUGAUGAGCAGCAUCUUCAGGAGUUGGAGCAAGAAGGCGCCGUAGAACCACGCAGCCGCAGAGACAGCUUCUCCAGCAGUGUCUCUUUGGAGAGUUCUGUAAUGGGCCACGAUGAAAUGCUGCAGGUGUUGAAAGAAAAAAUGAGACUAGAAGGCCAACUGGAAUCUUUAUCAUCUGAGGCCAACCAGGCUCUAAAAGAGAAGACGGAGCUCCAGGCCCAGCUUGCCACCGUGAAUGCUCAGAUGCAAGCUCAAAAGGCAGAGGUUCACUUUAGCCAGGAAAAGCAGAACGUCCUCACAACAGAAGUCAGUACUUUGCGGCAAAGUUGUAGCCAACUAGAAAAGGCAAUGGUGGAGCUCCAAGGCGAUUUGGAGAGCAAAAAUGCCAAUCUGGCAUCGUUAUGCAAUGACCUGAAUGUGGCUGAAGACCAAUACAACAGACUAAUGGGGAAGGUGGAUGAAAUGCAAACGACUCUCGCAUCAAGGGACAACACAGUUCAGGAAAUGCGACUGCAAAUGGGUGGUCUUCAGAACCAACUACAACAGGUCCAGCUGGAGCGUAGCACUCUCCAGAGUCGACUGAAAACCUCCCAGGCAGAGAUUGACUCACUCCAGCAGGUCAGGCAGUGGUACCAGCAACAACUUGGCCUGGCUCAGGAGGCCCGAGUGAGACUGCAAAGUGAAAUGGCUAACAUGCAGGCUGGCAAAAUGACCCAGACUGGCGUUCUGGAACAUCUGAAGCUAGAGAAUGUGACCCUGUCCCACCAACUGACAGAGACUCAACACCGCUCUAUCAAAGAAAAAGAGCGUAUAGCUGUUCAACUGCAGAGUAUUGAGGCUGACAUGAUGACUCAAGAAUCUGCCUACAAGCAGAUCCAGGAUGCCAAGACUAUGGUGGAGGAUGACCUGCAACACAAACUAGAAGAGUUUGAGGAAGAACGGGAGCGCUUAGUAAAAUUGGCCAACACAGCCAGUAACUUGGAAAUGGAACUAGAACAGAUGAAGUUGAACCUUUCUCAGAAGGACAUGCAGCUGCAGGCUCUCCAGAAAGAACAUCUGGAGCUUAUGCGCCAGCUGACCACCACUCAGGAGAACCUGCAUACCAAAGAGCAGUCAAUCAACCAACUGGAGGCUCGAUACCUAGAGCUGGAAGCCCAGCUAACUGAGUUGCAGGCAGAGAGCAAUAGCAAAGAUGACAACAUCCAGUACCUCCAGAAUGAGAAGAUUGUUCUGGAGGUAGCAUUGCAGACGGCCCGAGCCGACAAGAACCAACUUGAUGAAAAUGCUGAACGGCUUGGAGAGGACGUUUUGGUGGUCUCAGAUGUGUUGGAUCAUCUCCAACAGGAAGUGCAGGUCAAAACCAGUCAGAUUGAAAAGCUACAACAAGAAAAUGGUUCCUUGAAAAAACAAGUUCAGAAAUUUAAGGAACAAUUCCAACAACAAAAGGUGAUGGUGGAAGCCUAUCGUCGGGAUGCUAACUCUAAAGACCAGUUGAUCAGUGAGCUUAAGUCUACGAAAAAGCGUCUUCUAGCAGAGGUGAAGGACCUAAAACAAGAGCUUCUGGAUGUACAUGGGGAGAAGCAAAAAGCUGAUUUGGAGCAGGGCCGGUUGCAGAAAGAAGUACUCAGAGUCCAAGAACAGAUCAAUAACAUGGAAAGUCAUCUGGAAGACAUUCAGAGAGAACGCGACCACCUCGAAACACAGAUCCAGUCCUUGCAGUUUGAUCAGAGUCAUCUUGUAGCUGUGACGGAAGAGAAUGAAAGUCUCAGGAAAAGAGUGAAGAAAAUGGAAACAGAAGCCAAAAAAGCAAUCUCGGAGCAAAAAGUGCGUAUGAAGCGGCUGGGGACAGAUUUGACCAGUGCUCAGAAGGAGAUGAAGGCCAAGCACAAGGCAUACGAGAAUGCUGUGAGCAUCCUGAGUAGGAGGCUGCAAGAGGCCCUAACUGACAAGGAGACGACUGAGGCCGAGCUGGUCAAGCUCAAAGCUCAGGUUUCAGAUGGAGGAAACAACCACAUCUUGCAGGAGAAGAUUGAAGCUCUUCAGACUGCACUGCAGGUUGUGGCUAAAAGCAAGGCAAUGUUAGAGAAGGAGCUUGAGGAAGUCAUAUCCCUCACUUCCACGGAGUUAGAGGAGUACCAGGAGAAGGUCAUGGAGUUAGAAGAUGAGCUUCAAGAGUCGCGAUGCUUCAAGAAGAGGAUCCGAAAACUAGAAGAUGCUAACAAGAAGCUCGCUCUUGAGCUGGAACAUGAAAAAGGAAAAUUGGUUGGACUGACACAGUCCCACAGUGCACUGCGCGAACAUGCCAAUAUCUUGGAAUCUGCUUUAGCAAAGCGAGAGGCGGAUCUUGUACAGCUCAACUUGCAGGUUCAAGCUGUUCUGAAACGCAAAGAAGAGGAGGACCAACAAAUGAAGCAGGUGGUGCAAACUCUGCAGCUUGCCUUGGAAAAAGAGAAAACCAAAGUCAAAGAUCUUAAGGAACAGGUGGCAACGGCAAAGGCUGAAGCAGCACACAAUAGGAGACACUACAGGGCUGCCAUGUUGGAACUGUCAGAGAUCAAGAAAGACCUUCAGGCCAAAGAGGACUUGGUCAAAGCUCUGCAACAUGAAGCCCACAAGCUACAAUCUCAGGAUGAGAAGCAUGCUCAGGAGAUCUCCAGUUUCCAAGAGGAGCUGGCUGAAGCCCAUUCCCGCCUCCAAAUCCUCCAGAAACAACUAGAUGAAGAGCUGUCAAACAAGCCCCUCACUAACCAAGAGGUUGAGGACCUUAAGUGGGAGGUGGAACAAAGGCAGAGGGAGAUUGAGGCUCAAAAGCAGCAAUUGGAGAUGAUGGAGGAGUGUCAGCAUAGGGAGCUGGACAACCUGCAGACAGCUUUGCAGAACAUAAAGAUCGAGUUGGAGACCGUCCAGGAGGAGCUGAAUGGUACAAGGAAGGACAAGUUUAUGCUACAAGCUAAAGUGGGUGAGCUGAAGAACAGCAUGAAGACCAUUUUGCUACAAAACCAGCAGCUCAAACAGGACCUCAAACAGAUCCGUCUAAGAAAGCAACGGAUGGAGUUGAAGACUGAAGGGACCCCAUCCAACCCAGUGACGCCGGUAAAGAUCCCUGACUGCCCAGUGCCUGCCUCACUUCUUGAUGAGUUACUGAAACCUUCAACUUCGGUCAACAAAGAGCCGCUCAACAACUUGCACAACUGUUUGCGGCAGCUCAAGGAGGAGAUGGACAGCCUCCAAAAACAGAUGGAGGAGCACACAGUAACAGUGCAUGAGUCAAUGAGCUCAUUGCCAAACACAGAGGAAGGACUGGCUCAACUGGGACUUGAAAACAACAUAUCUAAUGCAUGGAGCCCGCUGAGCAAUACAGUGGUGGAAAAUAACAACGAAGCGGAACAGCAGCAGUCCUAAAAGCAACUUUUUUCAGACCAUGACGACAGUGGAGUUUUAUCCACAAAGGUGUUGUUAAGUCAAUUUUUCCGUUUUUCUUUUAAACAACGGCUGUCAACAUUUGGCAUUUUUCUCCUAUCAUCACAGGUGUGCUUUUGCAGAGUAAAAACGUAAAUCAGAGCUUUUUUCAUUUUGCUCUUUUAUUAUUUGACCUUUGUUUAUACUGUUAUGCCCUUGUGAUAUUUAUUGAGCGUUAAAGAAUUAGAGAUGAACCACACCAUUACAAAUCCUAACCUUAUCAUUUGUUGAAUCGGAUGGAGCAUUUAUCCAGGCACGUUUAAUAUAAUAAUAUAAGCUGUUCAGGUUUUCGGUAUGCUUCACCUUCAAAUUUGUAAUUAGUAGCUUUGAUGAUUGAUUGACCAUAUGUAAAAAGAUGUAAGCCACACUGGCUAAGACAUGUUCUUCCAUAUCUUUGUGCCUGUACUUGGCUGAUGUCAUUCAUUCAGGAUUUAAUUAACAUAGUUACGCGAGUCCUUGACAGGUAAGUGUCUUGUCAUAAGGUCAUGCACACUAAACUUUUUUAUUGCCUUUGUUAAAAUGCAGUAGGUCUUCAUUUUUAUUGUAACCAUUUGACCGCAGGUUCUUGGAGUCUCGGUUAUGUAUGAAGGGGUCUUGUCGAGCAUGAACUGUCAUAAUUUGUGUGUGUGGGUAUUUACAUAAUCUUACUAUACUGUCAUGGAAUCUGGUUAAAUUAGUAUCUUAUUUUGCUGAGGGUAUGUGCAAGAUGUAAUAUAUUUUCAGUGUGUAAAUCUGAAAGUAUGCAGGGCACUUUUAACCGACAGCAUGCCCAUUGAUAAAAAUGUAACUGAAAGAAAGCAAGUAAUGUUGCAACAUAGUUACCACUAAAGGCAGGUGUCUCCAUGUUAUUUUAUUUGUAUACUGUACAUGUUGAUGGAAGGUGACUACAGUAUCACAUACUAAUCUUGUGUGAAUACUGGGUUAAUUGUUUCCAGACGUUAAUAUAUUUUUUUCUUUUUGUAUGAUUGUAAAUUGAUCAUAAAUGUUCAAUAUUGUAAAGGAAAUACAAGUUACGGGAAACAAUGUUUCCUGGCAUUUUAUCCUAUUUCUAAUACUAACCGUGUUAGAAUUCUGCAGUAGUUUAUGCUGCCACACAAUGGGGGAGGGUUAUGUUCCUGUAGUUGGUGGGUAAGUACUUUAAGAUGUUCUUUCUGUAUGCUUGUUUAAUUGAAAGGGAAUGGCUCAAAAUUCAACACAACUACUGUUUUGAAUCUUUCAAACUUACUAAUUUUUCUAUAAAAAUUACUGAGACUGUC